AUGCAGGGCUCCAACGAAUUUGUUGCCGAGAACCGCAGACGCAUGCGGGACGGUGAACUCUACUACGCCUUCGUAGCCGACCUGACGGCGGAUAGACGGCGCAUUGUCCAAGAUAAGGCCGUACUGCCCCCUCCCCUUCCGCCACCACACGAUAGCCCCGCCGAGGAUGAUGAGUUGCUCAAGGAUUUCCCUUGGGUUGAGGCGCCGGUGAAGAUGGACUACGGUUAUAACGGGCUCGAAAGAUUCGGGAAGAACGUAUUUGUCAACUUCGGAAGCACCUGGCUCGACACGUGCACCAUUACGGUGGGCGACCGCACGCUUAUCGGCCCCAACUGCUCCUUCUUUAGCGCAUCUCAUCCGCAAGAUCCAACCUUGCGUAACGGCACCGCGGGCCCCGAAUCCGGAAAGCCCAUCGUGAUCGGGGCGGACUGUUGGCUGGGCGGCAACGUCAUUAUCCUUCCGGGCGUGACAAUCGGCCGGGGAUCGACUGUUGGGGCCGGGAGUGUCGUGACCAAGGACGUGCCCGAGUAUACGUGUGUUGCCGGAAAUCCGGCAAGGAUUAUAAAGAGGGUGGAUGUGUCGGCACCUCCUCCUGAAGAUGGGGGCGCCGUCGUAGCCGAUUAG